CUUUCGGGACGGCGGUGGGAACAUGGCGACCUCCAGGGACCGGCUUGGAGCCGUGGAGGCAGAGGAGAGCUCGAGUCGCCAGGGGUACUCGGGAGUCGAGGUGGUGCUUUCUUCUGAUUCCGCCAUCCCCGCCCCGCUGUGCCCUCACGGACCUACUCUUCUGUUUGUAAAGGUGAACCAAGGGAAAGAAGAAACACGAAGGUUUUAUGCCUGCUCAGCUUGUAGAGAUAGAAAAGAUUGUAAUUUUUUUCAAUGGGAAGAUGAAAAGUUGUCAGGAGCCAGACUUGCUGCCCGGGAAGCCCAUAACCGAAGCUGUCAGCCUCCUUUAUCUCGAUCUCAGUGUGUGGAAAGGUACUUGAAGUUUAUUGAGUUGCCCUUGUCUCAGAGAAAGUUUUGUCAGAGCUGUCAGCAGUUGCUGUUGCCGGAUGAUGAGGAGAAGCAUCGUGAACAUCAGGUAAUGGGUGAUGUUUCUAUCACCCAGUUAAAAAGGCCCAGUAAACUCCUUUAUCCACUGGAAAACAAGAAGACAAAUGCCCAGUAUCUGUUUGCUGACCGGAGCUGUCUGUUCUUGGUAGACCUGCUCUCGAACCUUGGAUUCAGAAGAGUACUGUGUGUUGGGACCCCAAGGUUACAUGAGCUGAUCAGGUUGAAAGAAUCAGGUGACAAGAAGUCUAACAUUAGAAGUCUUUUAUUGGAUAUUGAUUUUCGGUAUUCGCAGUUUUAUAUGGAAGAUAGUUUUUGCCAUUAUAAUAUGUUUAACCAUCACUUCUUUGAUGGAAAGGCUGCCCUUGAAGUGUGCAAGACAUUUUUACAGGAAGAUAGAGGUGAAGGAGUGAUCAUGGUGACAGAUCCUCCAUUUGGUGGCUUGGUUGAACCUCUGGCUGUUACAUUCAAGAAGUUAAUUGCUAUGUGGAAAGAAGGUCACAGCCAAGAUAACAGUCAGAAAGAACUACCCAUAUUCUGGAUUUUCCCCUAUUUUUUUGAAUCCCGAAUUUGUCAGUUUUUCCCAAGCUUCUGCAUGCUGGAUUACCAGGUAGAUUAUGAUAAUCAUGCACUUUAUAAACAUGGAAAGACAGGACGGAAACAGUCUCCUGUGCGUAUUUUCACAAAUAUCCCACCUAACAGAAUAAUCCUUCCUAUUGAAGAAGGGUACAGAUUUUGCCCCCUGUGUCAACGAUAUGUUUCUCUAGAGAAUCAGCACUGUGAACACUGUAAUUCUUGCACAUCCAAGGAUGGCAGGAAAUGGAACCAUUGCUUUCUCUGCGAAAAGUGUGUAAAGCCUUCCUGGAUCCACUGUAGCAUUUGCAGUCACUGUGCUCUUCCAGAUCAUUCUUGCCAGGGCCCUAAAGACGGCUGCUUUAUUUGUGGUGAAUUAGACCAUAAACGGAGUACUUGUCCUAACAUUUCUACGUCUAAGAAAGUUAACAAGGCUGUCAGAAAGCAGAAGCAAAGAAAAAGCAAUAAGAUGAAAAUGGAGACCACUAAAGGACAAUCCAUGAAUCAUACAUCUGUUACAAGGAAGAAGAAAAGGAGAGAAAGAACCCAUCAAUAUCUUUGCUCUUAAAUGUCCAGUGACUUGAGAAUAAGAAAGAUUUAUAGUCCAACCUUUGAUGCCAUUUUCUGAAAGUGCCAUGUUGGACUUAAAUUCUGUUGCUUUCAAAGGUAUGCACCUUUCUAAGCUUGAAAAUAAGGAGGUGGUAUUUUGCUGGUUUAUAGACAUCCCCCCUUUACACGCACCCCCCUCCCACACACACACACUGCAGCCCCUCUGGAGAUCUUUGCCGGCUUGCUAGCUUUUGGUGCCUUUUUUCUCUCUUUACAUCUCUUCCAGUAAUAUUAUUUUAGCCUCUUUUAUCUGGAAAAUGGGCACAGAGCAUUCUUUUGCAGAAACAAGGAAGAAAAUAAGAAUGAAAACCCGAGGUUUUGUUUACAUUGAAUGUAAGAGUAUGUUGUUAUAUAUGUUAAAUUAGAUAUUAAAAUAUUGUACAAUGGCUUAAAUCCCACUUGUAAAGAGAAAUACACUGUACAGUUGUUUUUUUUUUUAAGACAGAAUCUGAAGAUGGAAAGAAUUUUGACAAAGGCCGUCUAAAACAAUUAUGGUUAUAUUAAUAUUAAAUAUUUAUUUUUCAACUACUCUUUGCAGUUAUCCUUUGAUGAUAUAGAAUCACCUAAAUGUUUGUUGAAUUAUGACUUGCUCUGUCAUCUUAUUGUCUGUUAACUUAGGCAGGAUGUUUCUUUAUAAAAGUUGUAGCAGAGGCAGUCUGUUUUGGUGAUUCAAACUCCUCUUUCCUAUUCUAACACUUAAUGGUUGUAUAUCUUUGGCCAAGUCAUUCACUCUAUAGAAGCCACUGUUUCUUCAUUAAUAUAAUAGGGACAACACAUCUCAGGAUUGUUUGUGGUUAAAUUAAAUAAG